CUUGAUAUCGUUCGCAUUCGUCGUCUUGAAUGGAGCUCGAGAGGUAGUGACCUCCGAAGACCCUCCAGCUGAAACUUCUAUAUCCCCGGUCUCGUUCAAUAUGUCUCACUUGGGCCAGUCACUUAUCAUCGGAUCUUAUUGUGGCUAAAAUCUGGGACUUUCAGCUAGUCAGGUUAGACUAGGCUGAUCAUUGAUUGAUUCCAGAAGUAUUCUUCAGCAUGGCUUCGGAACUGGAACUCGGCUCCUCUUUCAUACCCGCCUUGUAUAAGCCGGCCUCGCUGCUUCCCAUUGCGAGACAUAAGCAAAAUCUACUCUAUUUGGUCGAAACUUACCCCGUCACCAUUGUCGUGGGACAGACUGGAAGCGGAAAGACGACCCAAUUACCCCAAUACCUCGAGCAAGCAGGAUGGUGUGCAGAGGGAAAAGCGAUUGCUAUCACGCAGCCGCGUCGGGUGGCUGCCACAACUGUGGCCGCUAGAGUUGCCGAAGAAAUGCGAUGCAAGCUAGGCGAGGAGGUGGGCUACUCAAUCCGCUUUGAGGACCUGACGUCUGCUUCCACGAGGAUCAAGUUCCUAACCGACGGGAUGCUACUUAGGGAGGCACUCGUUGAUCCCCUGCUGUCGCGGUAUUCGGUGAUCAUGGUCGACGAAGCCCAUGAGCGGUCCCUCAGCACUGAUGUGCUUUUGGGCAUUCUGAAGAAGAUCAUGAAGAAACGUCCGGAGCUGAGGAUUGUCGUCAGUAGUGCAACUCUGCAGGCCGAAGACUUUCUACGCUUCUUUGCUGGGGGGGAAGAGUUCGACGGCGAUGCAGAAUCGGGCGAGACCGGUGGGAAUGUUGGCAGAAUCAUUAGUCUAGAGGGUCGCAUGUAUCCGGUGGAUAUGCUCUUCCUUGAGUCACCUGCAGAAGACUAUAUCGAGCGGUCCGUUAAGACAGUCUUUGAUAUACACCUGCAAGAAGCAGAGGGGGACAUCCUUGUGUUCUUGACCGGGCGAGAGGAGAUUGACACAGCUAUACAAUUGAUUUCAGAACGCGCUGCCACGCUUCAUCCCAAAGCGCAAUCGUUGCUCCCUCUCCCGCUGUACGCCGGCCUCACGACAGAUCAGCAAAUGUACGUGUUUGAGCCAGCGCCUGAAAACACGCGCAAGGUCAUUGUGUCCACCAACAUCGCCGAAGCAUCCGUUACUAUCAAUGGGAUUGUGUAUGUGGUGGAUUGUGGUUUCGCCAAAUUGAGAGCUUACAACCCGACCACGGGCAUCGAAACAUUGACCGCGGUCCCGAUUUCCAAAGCAGCGGCAGUCCAGCGUGCAGGUCGAGCUGGGCGCACCAAGCCAGGGAAGUGCUUCCGUCUCUACACCCAGCAGGCAUAUGAAGCCCUUCCAGAGGCGACUGUCCCGGAGAUCCAGCGAUCCAACCUGGCGCCGGUGAUCAUGCAGCUGAAAGCUCUCGGAAUUGACAACAUCGUUCGUUUUGACUUUCUAACGUCCCCCCCCGCCGAAUUGGUGAUCCGUGCUUUUGAGCUCCUGUAUUCUCUGGGCGCAGUCGACGAUCAUGCCAAACUCACCAAACCGCAGGGGAUGCGCAUGGCAGAGUUGGCCGUAGACCCCAUGAUGGCAAAGGUGCUCCUUUCCGCGCCGGGCUUUGGCUGCCUAAGCGAGAUUCUUUCAAUCGCGGCAAUGGUCAGUCUUCAGGGCACCGUCUGGGUCCAACACGAUGGCGAUCGGAAAACAUCCGAGAGCAUGCGGAGGAAAUUCGCAGUUGAGGAAGGCGAUCAUUUGACGUAUCUCAAUGUCUACCAAGCCUUUGUCACCAAGGGCAAGAAGGACUCGAAGUGGUGUCGGGAUAAUCUCUUGAACUUUCGAUCUAUGCAACGCGCCGUGAGUAUCCGCGCCCAGCUGAAGCGAUACCUGGAACGUUUUGGGAUCCAGGUCGAUGAGACGCUUUCUGCCCGCGCCAGACAGGAGGAUCCAAGCAAGCUGCCGGAAAAGAUACAACGAUGUCUCACAACAGGCUAUUUCGCACAUGCUGCAAAGAUGCAGCCGGAUGGCACGUUCAAGACGGUGAGCGGCGGGUUAACGCUGCAUGCUCAUCCGAGCUCGCUGAUGUUUAAUCGCAAAGCCGAAUGGGUCUUAUUCCAUGAAAUACUUCAGACGGGAGAAAAGACCUACAUCCGCGAUAUAACAAAGAUCGAAAAGGGCUAUUUGCUUGAGUAUGCACCGAACUAUUAUCAAGUGCGGUAAAAGAUUCUCUUGCAGAGUUUCCUUGCCAAAGCAAUUUUUGUACAGUAGAUGAUCCUUGGUAGUCUAUGUUUCUAUGAUGAUAUCC